AUGACUAUAUCAUUAACCAACGCGUUCACCAAGGCUGUCAAAGUCAAGUAUCCCAUCAUUCAAGCCCCCUGUGCAGGUCAUACUGGAGUCGACUUGGUAGCUGCUGUAAGCAAUGCCGGUGGAUUGGGUUCACUUGCUGCUGGCAUGAUGCCACCCAACGACAUGCGUACCGCCAUUCGAGCCAUUAAGCAAGCAACCACGCAACCAUUUGCUGUCAAUCUCUUUUGCCGCAUGGAGCGUCCACCCACGCAAGAUGAAAUGCAACGCGACUAUCCUGCGUGCGACAAGGUCUUGGAUAGAAUAAGGUCACAGCUUGGUAUCACACGCCCAACGACAUUUACACCACGUUCGCCGCCACUCGACCAACAAAUUGCAGUGAUCAUUGAAGAGCAAGUGCCUGUGGUAUCAUACACCUUUGGAUACCUUCCCGAGGAUGAACAGAAGCGACUUCAGGAUGCAGGUGUCUAUUUGAUUGGUACAGCAACCACUGUCAAGGAAGCUUUGGUGUUGGCUGGUUUAUUGGAAAGCAGUGUCAAGAGGGCGGAUGCUGUUGUUGCACAAGGUCUCGAAGCAGGGGGUCAUCGUGGAUCAUUUCUCAAGGAAGAGGAUGCCAAUGAUGAGAAUCAACGACAAAUGCCAACAGAGGAAUUGGUACCCAAAGUGGUCAAAGCAUUACGUGAACAUCAAAAGGAUCGUCAUGUCCCUGUAUUGGCAGCGGGUGGAUUAAGUACAGGCACCGAUAUUGCCAAGGCUCUUCACAAAUGGCAGGCGGAUGGUGCAGCUGCCGGUACAUUGUUCAUGCUCACCACUGAAUCAACCACUCCAGCCGCUCAUCGCAAGGUCCUACUUGAAUCAAAGAAUGCUCCUCGUAUCACGCGUGGUCUUAGUGGACGAUGGGCUCGUGGAUUUCCCAAUGCGUUUAUGGAUGCUAUUGAUAACGAGGUGCCUGACAGCGACAUCCCAUCUUACGACAUCCAUUCGGCAAGAACAAAGGAUAUCGUGGCUCAUGCUGGCAAAAACAGUAACCCUGAAUACAUGCUACUAUGGUCCGGAUCACAUGCUUCAGAUGCUGCAAAGUACUCCAAUGGUGGUACCGUCUCGGCUGGUGACAUGGUCAACAAGAUUGUGAAGGAUAUCGUCAAUGCCUCUCCUUCAUCUUUGUAG